AUGGUGAGUGGUAUUGAUACUACUGCUGCUGUUACUACUAGAACCAAAUCAGCAGUGCCAACAAUUCCCGCCAAAUACUUUAAAAAAUUACAAGGACCACCAUCAGAGUUUUCUCUUCACGCUUAUCCAAAGCCUUCCGAAGGAGCUAUUCAAUCAGACUUUUAUUUAUAUGUAGAGAAGUUUAAAAAGAGUGAGAGCUUGAAGGCCUCGACAACACAUCAAUAUGAAUGGAGUGCUCGUGUUGCUGUUGAUAGUUCUGAACAAGUGGAUUUAUCCUUACUCUCACAAUAUGUCAAGAGUAUGCGUGUUCAAGUUUUGGAUCAACAUGGUACUGACAUUACUUCAAUGGCUAGUUUUGUUGUUGAUGAGGAAAGUUUUGGAGCCUUCUCAGAUGGUGAAAAUAACUUGUUACCUUCAAAAACUUUGAGAUUUGAUGCCAACUCAAUUCGUCGUUUGAAAAUCAAUCAAAAGAGCAAGCAAACUAGUAUUGGAAGUAAUUAUAUUGAUGAAUGGAUUGUAAAUGUUUUUGUUGAUGCACCUGCUUCAGCUCCAACCUAUUAUGACGAUGAAGCAUUGCACUUGUUGGUCUAUAAUCAAUCUCCACUUCGUGCCUAUACUCAAUUACAAUCAUAUGACAAUCAAUUGGUUGGUGAAAAUGUCAUUAUUGAAACUUUCAUGUAUGAUGAAGAUGUAACUCCAGUUAAGGCAAUCAAUGAUAUUCCAAGACCAAUUCGUGUCUUUGCCACUGCCACUGAUGAAACAAUUUUGAGUGCUCAAAUGGAAAUCUUGUCACCAAGUGGUCAAGAAACCUCUAUCAACAUGCUUGAUAAUGGUCUUUUGGGUGAUCGUAUGGAAAAUGAUGGAAUUUACUCUGCUGCUCUCAAUGCUCAAGAAGCUGGUGACUAUGUUAUCACUGUCUCAGUCAAGGGUGUUAUCAAGGGUAAUGCCGUAAAGAAUAUCUCACGUCUCAUUAAUCAAGAUCUCGUUGAAUUUGAAAGAAGUACACACCAUGUUGUUUCAAUUGUUAAAAAGUCACUCGAGUUGACUCAAAAUGCUGUUUUCUCAUUCAAUGCUCCUUCUGUUAAAACUGCUCAAAUUGCUGAUGUCACCUCACAAAUGGUCGACGUCAAGUUGGUUGCCAAGCCAUUAGAUGCUGACGCUUUAGGUAAAAAGUUCAAGGCCUAUGCUGAAGUUUACUCUGCCGGUGAUGCUAAAUCAAGUGUUCCAAUUGCUUUUGUUUCAGGUAUGGCCAUUGCUGAAAAGUGUGACGGUACUGAAUGCCCAGAAGGACUUAUCUACUUGCCACUCCAAAUGAGUUUGGCUUGGGUUGCUUUGGCUAGACAACAAUCUAAUGGAGUUAUUUCUGCUCCAUUCAUUUUGAAGAAUGUCAAUAUUCAAGAUGUUGCCACCUCUAAUAUUAUUACCAAAGCUGAUCAAACUCUUCCUGAAUUGACUAGUUGUCAUAUCAAGUUACCAGAACAUACCUUGUACAAUGCUAGACCAGUUGAUAUUAACUACUUUUUAAACACUCAUGAAGGUAUGGAAAAGUUUGAUGGUGUCAUUACUGAAUCAAUGUUGUUUGGUCCAAGACCAACUGAAAUUGCCACUAAGAGCCUUACCUCUUCAACACAACACAAGGUCUUGCUUAUCCAUGGUUAUUGUUCUGGUUAUGCUCCAUUCCCAAGCUCUGAUUUCACCAAUGCUGUCUAUUUCAGUGAUCAUAAUGCCAACAGAAACAAUGAUGAAUUUGCCAGUAUGAUUUUCGAACUUGGUCAAACCUUUGAUUCAUUCUCAAUGGUUGGUCACUCACAAGGUGGUCUUGCUUCAUUGCACUUAUUUGCUUAUUAUUGGACUCAUGCUGACGUUGCUGCUGCCUCAAAGAAGACUUUGGCUGGUGAAACUAGAAGAAUUAUCCAAUCUGUUGGUUCUCCAUACAGAGGAUCUGGUUUGGCUGGUGUUUUGGCUAGUAUUGGUAAAGUUGUUGGAAUUGGAUGUGGUAAACAAACUGAUUUGACCUAUGAUGGCGCCAGUAAGUGGCUCAGUUCUAUUCCAGUUGCUGCUCGUCAAGCUCUCUAUUACUCUUACACUCAAUAUAAGGAUUGGUCUUGGUGUUCAUUGCCAGCUAAUGCUGUUUUGAAAUUACCAAACGAUGGAACCUGUGAAAAGAGUAGAGCUUCUGUUGAUGGUGCAAAUCACUAUGACAGCAAGAAGGGAUGGUGUCACACCAACAAGAUGAAAUACAAAGGUCAAUGUGAAGACUCUGAAAGAAAUGCCGUUCUUAACAAGUAUGCCCAGUUGUAA